CAUUGACAUUUGACGUUUAUUUGGACGUGCAAGUUGAGUAUAACCUAGAAAAUAAACAAUCUCAUGCAUUUUAUUACUACAACAACCUAAAAUUGUUAUGAAAAUGGGUAAAAAAAGCAAAAAAUUAAAUAAAACACAAGAGAGUCACCUUCCAAUAUCCGACGAAGGAAAACUACAGUUAGAAAAAGGUGGUUUUCCGUCAGAAACCAAUAACAGUACACAUUCAGUGAAAAAAUCUAAAAAGAAUCGAAAACUAGACUUAAAUGGUAGUGUAGUAGAGGAUACACCUGCGCAAAUAAAAAGUGAAGAAAUAGAUGAAAGUAACACCCCAGUAGAUGGUGAAAUCAAAAAGAAAAAGAGAGAUUUGGUUAAUGAAGUUCAAAAUGAUAGUGAUAAUAACUUAAAUGCAGAUGAAGUCCAUAUCCCAAAGAAAAAAAAGAAGAAAAAUAAGGCAUUAGAAGAAGAUGUUAAACUGGAAUUAGAUGAAGUCCCUGAAAUGGAAAGUCAUAAACUACAAAAAGAUUCAAAGAAAAAGAAAAACAAGAAUAGUUCAGCAAAUGAGGUUAAAACUGAAGAAGACAUAAUACCCAAAAUAGAAAAUACAGAAACAAAGAAGAAAAGUAAAGCAAAGAGGGGGGCUCCAUCAUUGAAUGAUGAAGAGGCACAAGUGACAGAAGAAGACAUUGACAAGUUUAUUGAUGAGUUGAGUGAGGAAGACAACAAGCAAUAUGAAGACUGGGUCAAGUUACUAGAUGCCAGGCUUAGCAAGAAAACUAAAGCGGAGUAAAAAUGUACUAGUUCUUUUUUUAGCAUUAGUAAAAGGGUAAACAAUCUUGAUGUGUCUUUAUAUUGAGAAACACUUUUGAAAAGUAAGUCACGGCAAGUACGUAAUAGUUACUGAUUGUGAUUAAAACAAAAACGAUUUUCAAUUAAAAGACACAACAAGAUCGCAUAGUCUUUUACUAAUGUUAGAACAAAAGUACUAUAGCACUAAAAGCUACUAUGUGCGUAAAGUGUUCAAAAUUUUCUGCACAUGAAUGUAUACAUUUGUCUAUUGUAAUAAAAAUGCUUUGCACAGUUAACUUUGAGCACUUAGGGGUCAUCCAUUAAUUACGUCACACCAAUUUCUAGGUUUUUUGACCCCUCCCCCCCCUUGUCACACUUGGUCACAUUUGGCAAACCCCUCCCCCCCUAGUGUGACGUCACAUUUUUUCUACGAAAUCGCCAAAUCGAAUUAAGUAAGUACCUAAGUAUUAUUAAUAUUUUAUCAAAAUAUUUUUUAAGAUAUAAAUAUUAGUAAUUUUAUAACCCAAAACUGCUUAGAAAAGAAAAUUAAACGAUUAAAAACUAUUUUCGUUUUAAAAACUCUUGGAGGAUAUAACCAACGGAGACGCCAUGUCUAAAAUUUUCGGUACAAAAUAGUCUGCCGUUUUUUGCGGGGGAGGGGCACAUCAAAUGUAUAGGUACGUCAUGUCAGAUAAACGUCAGUCCAUACAUAUGGUUGACAUGAGGUUGACCAUUGGCCGCCUAUUUUCGACAGAGGGGAACGCCUGUUAAUGGCGGCUCCAUUGUUAAUUACUCCGAGUAAAAACUUGUUAUUUAAAUGUACAGCGAACUAAAUAAUUUAAAUAAAUUUUCGGUUACUGAUGAAGUUAAAGUGACGUCACAAAGUUUGUGUCUCCUCCCUCCCCCAUGUCACAAUAUGUCACAUUUUCUUGACCCCCUCCCUCCCCCUAAACGUGUGACGUAAUUAAUGGAUGACCCCUUAGUCUGUACACAGUGCUGCCUAAUGCAUUUAUUUACUAUUAGGUCAUUCACUUAAGCUUUUUUGUUAUGAUUCUGGAAUAAAUAUUAUAAAUAUUAUACCCCAAUAAAUAAUGUUUAUUUUUAGAAUGUUGGUA